AUGACCGAAAUACAAUAUCCAUCGAGCCAUACUGGUAGCAUCUUGACACAUCGCAAUGGCCCCACCACCAAUGACUCGGAGGAUCGCUACCGACCAUGGAGCAUCCGACUUGCCAACAGCCGGUUACAAUCGCAAGGGUUAGAAACAGCGUUGGAAAGCGAUCUGAAUUUGCAUUUGGAGAAGGAACGAGAGGGCAUUCCAAUGACGGUCUUAUCGUCGUCAUCGUCCAAUAUGGUGCGAGAACGUGAAGAGCAUCGACACUCCAACAAUCCUUUUCGAGAUACAGUAGACCACCACAAACAAUAUGGAUUCAAUGAUCCCUUUGCAGAGGCACCCAUAGCAGCAUGGCAAGAGAUGAAGGAUUACAAUUUACGAGCCAAUGGAUUACCAACAUUGGAUCAAAUGAUGCGAUUACAUACAUUGGCACCACUCACACAAAGCAACUUUAUGGCGUUCCUACGACGACGAGGCGUUCAUCAAAAUGUGAGUUUCCUUUUAGAAUUGGAGACACAUGAUAAGCUAUGGCAUGCACAUUUAUCAAGUGCCAGACGACACACUAAGGAUCGGUUAUCACGCUUUUUGGAAAGUGCAGCCGAGAAACCAGCAAAUACCAAAGAUACCAUGAUGGAAAUGUACGACCCACAUCAUCAUCAUCAUCAUCAUACUACUGCUGCUACCUCUGGUGCUUACACUGAAACGCCCGACACACAAAAUCUUCUUGGGAGUAUGCGAGGACCACCUGUUACUUCACCAACAACGACGGAGGACUAUGCAUCUCGUAUUCCACAAGGUCAAUCCUCCUCCCUUGGAAGACAUGACUUGCAACAAAACGCUACACGUAUCUAUCGCACCUUUUGUUCACCCCUCGAUGCUGCACAACCCAUUCAUUUGCCUGACGACUAUCGCACAGCUUUGGAGGAGCUAAUUGAAAAACAUCAUCGCCCUGAACCAGCUGUAUUCAAUUCAGCCCGAUCGCAUGUAUUCGAAGUCUUGAAUGUGUUUUAUUAUCCUCAAUUUGUCGAUGCCAUGUUACACACCAAUGUCGCUCGUAGCAGUGCUCGUCUUUAUAUGAUGCUCGGAUGCAUCUUAUUGACCGUGGCAUUUGCUGUGGAACUCUCAUUGAUCCUACUCGAUCAAGGUUCCAUUCCUACGCGUUGGUGGGGUCUAUUGCCUUUCUUUUUGGGAUGGUCAUGCUUUAUCACUGGAUUCACUCACUUCUCUUGGUGGUUGGCCUUUACAAGUAAAAGUGAAACAAGCUUCUUUGUCUUUACGCGUAUCCAGGACAAGAGCGUAUUGCGUGCCCAUCGUAAACGUGCCUACAUGUUCCUUGCCAUCUCCCUGGUGAUCUCCAUUAUCUGCAGUAUCAUAUUCGUCUUUAUCCCUGGUCACCGAAUGCGUCGUAGCUAA